AGCUGCAACUACUUCGAAAUUCGGAAUUCGACGUCGAAAACUCCAUCGGCUGUGUUGAUUUUUGAUUUAUUUUUGUUCACUUUUCUGCAGAUAAAUUGCGGCACUUUGGUAUCACGAAUAAAAUAAUCGAGUAUUUCAUCAUUGUGCAAUAUACGCAGCUGGUUAUUUUUAUUGUUUGCGGUAGCGGUGGCUGUACGAGAUGGCAGAGGAAGACUCAUUUGUAAUUUUGGGCAGUUGCUCCCAACCGAAUUCUUUAAAUUCAAUGAACUCUAAUAAAACUAUAGAAUCGGAACAAAAAAGUGCCGGAAUUGUUGCUCAGGCAGAAGAAAUGCAACCGAUAUUAAAUGAUGCUAAUUUUAGCUCAAUAAGUGCAGCCAUAGCCUCGGCAACUAAACCACUUGAAUCAUCUAUGAGCUCUGAGCGGUCCAAUGGCAAUGGAGAUUGGAAGAGGAGUGAUACUUCUGUCACUAAAUCACUUGAGACGUCAAUAUGCUCAGAGCGGUCAUAUAACAUAUGGAAAAAAAGUGGAGAAUCCAUCAAUAAAAGUGAGAUUUCAAACAAUGUGGGAGACUUACAACAGGAUGAUAUGAGUGCACCAGGGAAGAAAAACACUGGCGCCAUCCCCAAAACGAGCUCAAAGGAGUCGAUGAAAAACGAAAUAACUACAAACAAUAGCGAUUCGAAUUCUUUAGCUGUAAGUUAUAUAAUGGGUCAAGUGCCAGCAGAUGCCCUAAAGGCGAGUGUCCACUCACAAUUUCCAAGCGUGUCAUUAGAAGAUUGCGAGGAGCUCACAAGAGUUAUGAGUGAUUAUCUUAAAAUGAAAGAACUUAUUAUGCAAGUCAAUAAUAAAAUGACUUCCUGGCUGGAAAUGAAAAAACAAAUGCAAUCUAAUGAACAAGAAAAUGUACAGAAAUUAGAGCAAUGCCAACAACAAAUAGCUAUGUUGCGCAAUGAAAACUUGGAAUUAAAACGUGAAUUGACUGCAAAAAUCGAGCAAGUACACGCUUACGAAGAAGUACGAAAACUAGAGCACGACGAACUUGUAAAAAGUACUUCAGAAAAGUCUUCAUUAAUCGCCAAUAUGCGCGCACAAAUUGAAAAACUGGAAUUACAACAGCUUGCUUCUUUUGAGGUAAUUUCUAAAUUUGGUAAAGAUGAUAAGCAAUCAGAAAAAUCCGAGUACAUUACGCGUGUCGAGCAUGAGCAUAUUGUCAAAAAUUUCGAGAGAAAUUUGUCGCAAUUGUUAGCAGAGAAAUUAGAAAUUAGCGAUAUGCAAAAGCAGUACAUAGAUGAAAUAACCUGUCUGAAAGUUAAUUUGGCUGCUUCUGAAGAACUUGUAAAUCAAUUGAAAUCAGACAUUGAUUUACUCAAAACCAGUGACGAAGAGAAAACAGAACAAUUCGAAAACUACACGAAGCAACGAGAGGAAAUGCGUGAAGAACUUGACUUACUUCGGCAGCAGGUGGAUGUAUACAGUCGUGACUUUCAAUUAGAGCGCACUGCUCGCGAGGAAAUGGCUGGCGAAAAGGCGCAACUAUUGGAUGAUUUGCGUUUACUACAACGCAAAAAUCAAACCCUAGUCGAGCAAGUGGAACAACUCCAAGAGCGCAUGGCAUCAAUUACGGUGCAAAAAAACAGUAUGCCAACCCCAGCUACAAGACAAACCACUCCACCAGCACCAGCACCCUCUGCGCCUCAGCACACAUGCCCAAUAUGCUCGGAAGCUUGUAAUUCUUUAAAUUCAUUACAAACGCAUGUCAACCAAUGUUUGGACAAAAAUGUGCAUACUUAAGCACAUGUCUGCUAUGAUUUCUCUGUUCUAGUGUAAAGAUCAAUGUACACAUCUAGAUGUGCAUGCAUCAAUCGUAUAUUUAUGUAUAACCAUAUAAUUUUUAGACGUUUAUCUGAGUAAUGAAUAAUCAUUUAUUGAAAUCUAUCGCA